AACCGGGGUCGGGCGCGGGACGGCAGUAACAGAUGUAUCGGUCCGCGCCGUCCCGCAGCACCCCGAGCGGCCCCGACGGCUCCGCCAUGGCAGCGCCGGAAGGGGCGGUGCGGGCGGCGCUGCGGGAACGGGCGGCCCCGUGAUGGUGAACCUCGGGCUGCGGCGGGUGGAGGACAGCGUGGCCGCCAAACACCCGGCGCUGCAGCAGUACGCGGCUUGCCAGGCCCACGCCUUCAUGAAGGGCAUCGGCACCUUCGUGGCAGGUACGGGGCGGAGGAACGCGGCGGGAGGGGCUGCCCCCGGUGCUAACUGCCACCAUCCCCCCCACACCCCCCAUGGCCCUGGCGGCGGCGUGGUCAGGACGCCCGGCUUCUGUUGGGACAGGCAGCGGCGCUGCGUUUGCCGUGCAGAAGCUGGUGAACAGGAGGCUGCCGUACGCGCUGCAGUGGAACCUGCUGCUGUCUGUGGCGGCGGGGUCCUUGGCCAGCUACACGGUGACCAGAGCAGAGACACAGAAGUGCUCGGACUUCUGGAUUUAUUUGGAGACGGGCACGUCCCCGCAGGAGCACAGCACGGCUGACAGAGUGCCUCAGCCCGCAGACAAUCUGCUUGGCCAAGAGGAUGCAGAGAGAGAGUCACCCCCUGUGAGGAGGAACAAAUAUGGGGACGUCGUGGAGUAGCCAGGAGCACAGCUUGCUGUGCCCACAUCCUGCUGCUCCUGCCCUCAGCCCUUCUGUCUGCCUGGUGUGCCCCUGCAGCAUGGAAGACUUCUGCAGUGGUGCUGGGAGCUCAGAGGAAUCCCCAGCAAUUGUGUGUGGGCACCCAAUAAAAGUUCUGAGCUGAACACA